AAACUCAACCACCUAAUUUCAAAAUUCACUUCUUCGCGCACUGUAAGGACUCCCCUAGGGUGCACAAACUCAACCACCUAAUUUCAGAAUUCACUUCUUUGAUUAACGAUCAGGUUUGAUUUCUACCUUUUAAGUUCAUCAGGCACUUCUGAUUUUGUGAAGCCGUGAAGAUGCCCAAAGAUAGAAGAUCUUCGUCUAAUAAGUGUAGGGCAUCUCCCUAUUCCUGUUACGACAAGAAUGAUGAUAGAAAGGAACCCAAAUCUCCCUCCCUACAAGUUGGAUAUGAAAGUGAAUUUGAAGAAGCUAGAUGCCCUAUUUGUAUGGAACACCCACACAAUGCUGUGCUUCUACUUUGUUCUUCACUUGAAAAAGGAUGUCGCACAUACAUGUGUGACACGAAUCCCCGCCACUCAAAUUGUCUUGACCAGUUUCACAUUUCAAAUAUGAAUAAGGUGAGGGAACGAACUAAGCUUGCUUGCCCUUUAUGUAGGGGUGAAAUCAACGGGUGGGCUGUGGUUGACCCUGCUCGCCAAUUCAUGGACUCGAAAACAAGAAAUUGCUCACUUGAUACCUGUGAUUUUGUUGGUAAUUAUAUUCAAAUAGAAGAACAUGCCAGCCAUGUACACCCAUGUCUUAGGCCAACAGAUGUGGACCCUGAACGUGAACUUGAGUGGAGACGUUUGGAAGAAGAUAUGGGGGAACAAAACAUGCUCAAUAUGCAGUUUGAGUUUGAUGACGAUGAUGACGAUGAUGGUGACUAUGUUUUAUCAGAAUCUGAUCUGGCUUCCGACAAUCUGUUGGAUGAUUCGGAUAGCAUGUUUGACUUUUCAUCUGCAGAUGAACAAUAGAUUCGCGGAUCAAGUAGGUCAAGAGAGAAUGCCCAAACCACAAGAAGCAGAACCCCUACACAUGUCAGACAGAGAUCAAA